AUGGCGGUCGCAUCGGUCAUUGCAUCGAGUCUAGAUCUCCUGCGAGACUUGCUCCAGAGCGCAUGGUCGCUCACGUCGUGGAAGGCAGUGCUGCUGAUCUUCGCGAUCGCCAAUUGGAAAUCGCUGCCGCUGGGAUGGCAUUUCCGUAUUUUCUAUCACUUCUUCAGAAACCUUCGAUUCCGGGCAGAGAAGCCCAUGAUCUUCGAUGGGAAACCCCCCGUUGACGCAAAGGGGAGGCCGGCGCACCCCAUAUUCGGUGCGGCCACCGUCGUCACGCGCACCUCGCUCCUGGAGACGGAUUACAACAUCCACAAAUCCAACAGCACGUAUUUCGCCGACCUGGACGUGGCGCGGACCGCACUGGUGUCCCGCCUGUAUUCUCCCGGCAUGGGCAUCGUCAGCCGGGAGCUGGACGAGGAACUGUCGGACGGCAAGCACAAGAAGAAGAAGCUCCCAAUGUAUAUCGCCCUGGGGAGCGUGUACUGCACCUUCAAGCGGGAGCUGAAACCGUACGAAAAGUUCGAGAUCCGGUCGCAGAUCAUCGCCUGGGACGAGAAGUGGCUGUACAUGAUCAGCUACUUCCUGCGACCGGAGAAGAAGGAGAAGAAGCAGCGCGGCGAGGGUGGUGAGGGACCGACUCUGGCCGCCGUCGCUGUCAGCAAAUACGUGAUCAAGAAGGGCCGCUUGACCGUCCGGCCUGAGAGAGUCUUUCGGGCCAGCGGAUUCCUGCCGCCGCGGCCGGAUGGAGCGACGCCUGACACGGUUGGCACACCCGCAAGUGGCCAGGGCAUCACCACCGCUGUCGACGGCUCGUCUCCCGUUCAUGAGGUGCUGAAGCUGAGCGCGGAUCAGGUCCCCGCGCAGGAAGUGCUCGAGCGUCAGCAGAAAGAGAAUUCGCAGUCCUGGAAUGCGGACGAAUGGACCUGGGAGAGGAUCGAACAAGAACGACAGCGAGGUCUCGAGAUCAUCAAGGGCUACAGCACCCUGGAUGCCAAGCUCCACGAGCAGUGGGAUAAUUUAUAA